UUCCCAUCGUUACCAGCCAACUGGAGAUGUUGGGAGUUGUAUUCCGAGACUUCUGGAGUGCCUGAAACUAUCACUCUUGCCUGGCUAAAUCACUGUCACCAUGGGGGAAAGAAAAGGAGUCAAUAAGUAUUACCCACCUGAUUUCAAUCCAGCCAAGCAUGGCUCCCUUAACAAAUACCGCAACAGCCAUCCACUGCGGGAAAGAGCUCGUAAACUCUCCCAGGGCAUCCUCAUCAUCAGGUUUGAGAUGCCCUAUAACAUCUGGUGUGAUGGCUGCCAGAAUCAUAUUGGGAUGGGUGUUCGCUACAAUGCAGAGAAGAAGAAAGUUGGUAAUUACUAUACCACUCCUAUCUUCAGGUUCCGUAUGAAGUGCCACCUUUGCCCCAACCACAUUGAGAUGCAGACCGACCCUGCCAGUUGUGACUAUGUCAUUGUCAGUGGUGCCCGGCGCAAGGAAGAACGCUGGGAUGCCGAAGCUAGUGAGCAGAUAGUGGCCACAGCCCACGAGGAGAAGCAGAAGCUAGAGACAGAUGCUAUGUAUCGGCUGGAACACGGCACACAGGAUCAGAGCAAGCUUCAGCGAGCUCUCCCUACCCUCCAGAAUAUUCAGGAGGCUCAGAGUGCCUGGAAGGAUGAUUUCGCGCUCAACAGCCUUCUUCGGCGGAAAUUCAGGGAAGAGAAGAAAGUUCUGCAAGAGGAAGAGAAGAAAGACCUCGCUUUGCAGACAAGAGCAAACCUGAGCAUCCCGCUUGUGCAGGAGGCUGAAGAAGAUCGGCAUCUGGCAACACUCCUGAAGUACCAGAGCCUUGGCUCCUACGAAGACAAACAGAAACAAAAACGCAAUGAGAUUGUGGAUCGCCCAUGGUUCUCAUCCACACAGCUCUCAAGUCCCAAAACCAGUGACACCCUGAAAAAGCUGGCAUUUGUUGGGAAAUCUCCACCUGGCAAGUCCCCUGUGCCUCUGAACAGCCUGGGUGUUGUGUGUCGGAAACCCAGGGACACCAAGCGAGCUUCCAGUGAAGGGGAGGGCAAUGCUUCUGAUGCCACAGCACAAAUCAACAGGCAGGACAGUGGUGCAAGCAAAGCACUCCUUGACUCUUCCACUACGCCUUCAGGGGGCUUUCAGAAGACUGAGGGAAGCCCCCCCUCCAGUUUUGCCGCUUCUCUGGUUGCAGAUUAUUCAGACUCUGCAUCUGGUUCGGAAGCUGAAUUAUGAACCAAGUUUACGGGUAGGGAGAAAAUGUGGCCGGAAAUGGUGUGCAAAUCAGUGUCUUUCCCCCCCCCCCAAACAAACAAAACUACUCUUUGCCGUUGGUACACCUAGCAGUUGGGAUGCCCGAAUAGAAGUGUACGUGAGCAUGUGUGUGUCUGUACGAGAGAGCAUUACCGGGCAAAUUACAUUUUGCUGUCUUUUCUUACAUCGUCUGUACUUGUUCCCCAAUUCUUUAAACAUAAGCUCAUUGUUUUGUGCCAAAUAUCAUAAAAUAAACAGCACUAUCUCCUUA